AAUGUUUUUGUAGGGCACGAGAUUUUUCCGUGCCGACACAAGACAAAACAAAAUAGAGAGAUUAAGCAUUAUUGAUUAUCACUGCAGAACGCAGUGUUAGCACAAACUUAAGCUAGUUAUAGAUGUCGAUUUAAUAUAUAGUUUUUUUCACAAGUAAGUUGGUUGCAUGCAAAGGGUAACGUUUGUAGGCUGCCACUCAGAUGUCAGCAACACGAUACAAGAAUGUACCCAACAGAGAGAAACAAAUGCAAAAAAUGGGAAUGACAUCAGAGAAAGAUGAAGUUUACAUUGAAAUUGCUAAGAAUGGCGGUCCUAGUCUAGACCAGAAGAAAACUGAAGUUAAGAUGUUCUGUGUGGACUUGACUCACAUGUCUAGACUAGCUCAAUUCUUAGUGCUCACCACUGCAACAUUUGUAGUUUAUCUUGUGUAUGGUUAUAUGCAGGAGUUAAUAUUCCGACUAGAAGAGUUUCGACCACAUGGCUGGUACCUGACCCUGAUUCAAUUUGGGUUCUACAUACCGUUUGGGCUGCUGGAAAUGUUCUUGACAGGAGAACAGAACCGGAAGAUUCCACUGAGUAUGUAUGCCCUCCUUGCCUUGCUGACGGUGGGUACAAUGGGUCUCUCCAACACGUCUGUGGGCUACCUGAACUACCCCACCCAGGUGAUCUUCAAGUGCUGCAAACUCAUACCUGUAAUGAUUGGAGGAGUCCUUAUACAAGGCAAGAGGUACUCCCUGAUUGAUGUGACCGCCAUGCUGAUGAUGGUGUUUGGGUUGAUCAUGUUCACCCUUGCAGAUAGCUCCGUGUCGGCCUCAUUCAAUACGUACGGUGUGCUACUAAUAUCUGCGGCCCUGUGUUGUGAUGGGGCCAUUGGCAACAUCCAGGAGAAGGCGUUAAAGCAGUACUCUGCAGGGAACUCUGAGAUGGUCUUCUACUCCUAUGCCAUCGGAUUUGUGUACAUCUUGUUUGGAAUUCUUGUGGCAGGGGACAUAUUCACAGCUAUUAAUGUCUGCCAGAAGUAUCCCAUGGAAACCUAUGGGUAUGGUCUAAUAUUCUCACUGACUGGAUACAUUGGUGUCAACAUUGUAUUGGGUUUGGUCAAGACAUUUGGAGCAUUAGUAGCUGUGACAGUGACAACCUGCAGAAAAGCUGUGACGAUUGCUCUGUCAUUUCUGUUCUUCACAAAACCAUUUACAUACCAGUAUGUGUGGUCCGGGUUGAUAGUGGUGCUGGGGAUCUAUCUCAACAUCUACAGUAAGAACAAGGCCUCAUGGGACGCCUUCAUGGCCCACAAGUGGCACUGGGUACGGCAGGCCCUGGCGCUGGCACCUCGCUACCCUGGCAGGAGCGUCGCAGGCUCCAUUGUUUAACCCUUUACCUCUCAGAUUAGUAUUUUGAUGCAUUUGUAGUCCCUUAGAAAAUGAAAUUAAAUUUAAGAUCUUUCUUGCUAGUUCAAGUCUAAAAGUCUUCAUUUCCAAAACUAUGAUACUCAUGAGCAGCAAACAGCAUAAAACCUUAACGGACUGCGAGUUACUUGCAAGCUGUUCUAGUUUCAUCCUAGUUUCAUAUAGCCAUUUUCUAUUUGCUUCUGAACGGGAAAGGGUAAAACAAUAUGACUGUGAAUAAAGACUGAUCAGUGAUAUUCAUGUGUACAGAUAGAAGAUGCGAAUCUGGUCAGCCACACUGCUGCAAAACUUUUAGGAUGUUCCUGUUACAUUUUGGUAUUGACUUUACUUUUAUUAUGUUCCUGUUACUGUUGGUAUUGGCUUUACUUUUACAAUGGUUCUGUUACUUUUUAGUAUUGGCUAUAAUGUUAAUUGUUAACUGUAAAAGUGGAUUUUAUUGCUACAAACAUGUGUUAAUUUGCGUUUGUCUUUAAGUUAUUUUCAAAUAUGUCCAUUUUGUAUUUUGUUUGGUAUCCUUGGAAAACUAAAUUGCUUUAGAGUUGGUGCAAUAUAUGAAUAUUGGUAAAAAAUUAUGAUAAAUGAUGAGUAUUCUCUUUAACAAUUUGUUAGAAAAAUAAACAUAUGAAUUGUUUGUUAUACCCCCAUUACCAUUGGUAAUGGGGGCUAUAUAGGAGUCACUUUGUCGGUCGGUCGGUCUGUCUGUCUGUCCCAAAAUUUCAUCCGAUCUUCACCAAACUUGGUCACAAGUUGUAUCUAGAUGAUGUAUAGGUCAAGUUUAAAUAUGGGUCAUGCCGUGUCAAAAACUAGGUCACAGGGUCACGUAGUGUGUUUUAAACCGAAAGUUUGUCCAGACCAUAACUAUGUCAUUUAUCGUUAGAUUUUAAAAUAACUUGGUACAUUUGUUCACCUUCAUGGGACAGUGUGUCGUGUGAAAAAAGUACGUCAACAUCUCAAAGGUCAAGGUCACACUUGGAGUUCAAAGGUCAAAUGCAUGUCCGGGCCAUAACUUUAUCAUUUAUUGUGAGAUUUAAAAAUCAUUUGGCAAAUUUGUUCACAAUCAUUGGACGGUGUGUCGCGCGAAAGAAUUUCGUUGAUAUCUCCAAGGUCAAGGUCACACUUUGAGUUCAAAGAAAGGUCAAAUGAAUGUCCGGGCCAUUACUUUAUCAUUUAUUGUGAGAUUUUAAAAUCAUUUGGAAAAUUUGUUCACCAUCAUUGGACGGUAUGUGACGCAAAUGAAAUUACGUCGAUAUCUCCAAGGUCAAGGUCACACUUUGAGUUCAAAUAUCAAAAAAUGGCCAUAAAUGAGCUUGUCCGGGCAAUAACUAUGUCAUUCAUUGUGAGAUUUUAAAAUCAUUUGGCACAUUUGCUCAGCAUCAUUGGCCGGUGUGUCCCGCGAAAGAAUUACGUUGAUAUCUCCAAGGUCAAGGUCAAACUUUGAGUUCAAAGGUCAAAAAUGGCCAUAAAUGAGCUUGCCCGGGCCAUAACUAUGUCAUUUAUUGUGAGAUUUUAAAAUCAUUUGGCACAUUGGUUCACCAUUAUUGGAUGGUGUGUCGCACGAAAGAAUUACGAUAUCUCCAAGGUCAAGGUCACACUGUGAGUUCAAAGGUCAAAAAUGGCCGUAAAUGAUCUUGUCCCGGCCACAACUAUGUCAUUCAUUGUGAGAUUUAAAAUUACUUGGUACAUUUGUACACAAUCAUUGGACAAUGUGUCAUGCGAAAGAAUUACGUCGAUAUCUUCAAGGUCAAGGUCACACUUGGAGUUCAAAAGUGAAAAAUGGCCAUAAAUGAGCUUGUCUGGGCUAUAACUAUGUUAUUCAUUAUGAAAUUUUAAAAUGACUCUGUACAUUAAUUUUGUUUACAGUCAUUGGACAGCGUGUCGUGCGAAAGAAUUCAAGAGUUCAAAAGUCAAAAUGGCCAUAAAUAAUAAUGGCAUAAUAUUCUUAAAAAUCACCAUUUAGAUUCCCUUGUUUUGUGGAGACAGCUUGCAAAAUAGUUGUGUCAUUGCGGCAAUUGGGGGUAUAUGUCAUGUCCGUGACAAAGCUCCAGUUAUAUUAACAGUGAAUAGGAAAGGAAAGUACACCUAGCUGCCUUUAAAAUGCUAACAACAUAUUUAUUAAUAAUGUACUAAAUUUACGAUGUGAAAAAUAUGUGUAUAUACCAAAAAUGCAUAUAUGUCUAUAUAUAUCGCUAUAUGUAUACAUGUCCCGGAAAAUCUGCAAAUAUCCCAUAAAAUUGAGCUCAAUGUCCCGGAAUUCGUCUGAAAAAUUAUGGCAUGUAUUGGAUUUUAUUGUUACCAAUAAUAUUCUUUUUUGCGGGUUGUCUUUAAGUUAUAAUCAAUUAUGUCCAUUUUGUAUUUUGGUGGGUAUCCUUGUAAAACUAAAUUGCUUUAGAGUUGGUGCAAUAUAUGAAUGUUGUUCAUAAAUGAUGAUUAAUUAUUAGUUUUCUCUUUAACAAUUAAAAAAAUAUAUACAUA